AUGAGCGAUGUGGGUGUGAUGCAUGAGCUGCUUUUUGCCUUGCUGGGCUACACCGGUGGCCUCGUGGUCGAGACACCCGAAGGCUUCACGCUAGCACCACAGAGCUUCAUCACUGAAGGAGAGCGACAACUGCUGGAGAAGACCCUCAAGGUCGGCUUCUACUGCAAGAAGCUCUCAGACUUCACUGCCACCCUGCGGCGCCGCCACUUCGCCAACGCCGGGACGGAGACGACGUCGCCAGGGCACUACGCGUAUGGCUUGGCUGUGCGAAUCGAAUCGGCCUUGGAGAAGUUCCGCGAGAAGGUCUUGGAGUUGGAAGAUGAAGUCCUCGAGAAGCCCAGCUUGCCGCUGGCCUAUCUCCUGGCGAAGCUGGAAGAAGAUACGGUGCUCUUGGGUGUCUUGCACCGCUUGAUGACACAGGUCACCACGCGCUCCCUCCGUGGUGCAGCCUUGUUAGAUCUCCUGUGGCAAGCAGUGGCGUGCGCUGGAGGCCCCUCCUUACAGCGCUGCCUGGCGGAGCAGCUGGAGGGCGCUGGGCAAGUCUGGGUCAAUCAGCUUGUGGCGUGGAUGGUCUACGGUCGCUUGGCAGACCCAGACCAUGAGUUCUUCGUGCAACGUCUCGACACCUCCGACCAGAGGAGCGUGGAGGACCUAUCGCUGCCGGGUGAGGCACUGCAGGAGUGGCAUCACCUCUUUCAGCUCCGCGAGGAGGCCGUGCCCCGAACUGUGAUCACGCGCAACGCCGCCGAGAAGGUGCUCUUUACUGGAAAGGCUGUGCGGGUUUUGAUCCGCUCUCACUGCUGGAGUGGACAGGAGGAGCAUUUGCAGAGGCAUGUGGACACCUUGAGGUCCUGCUUCUCGUGCAAGAGCCCCUGCAACGUCCUGGAGCGUUGCAUCGGUGAGCUGAAAGAGAACGCCAAUGCCCAGCUGCUGGAGCUUCUGAAGCGAUCACGUCUGGUGCAGACCCUGCAGGCGAUGAAAGGUUUUUACCUCCUGGGCUAUGGUGCCUUCUAUCAGACCUUGUUAGAUGUCGAGGGGACAAGCCCACAAGCGCUGCUGGAUGGUUGGGAGAAGGCCUUGGCGGAGAUGGAAAGCACUGCAACUGGCGCAUCUGCACGCGACACCUCGUCCGCCGUGCACUGCCACGCUGUUCGGCUUCAGCUGGUGCCCAGGUCAGUGGAUUUGCAUUCCUUUGACGAUGAGAAUGUCAAGGUCAUGGGCGGGCGCUUGGAGAACGGCCUGGUGCUGAUGUCGCCGCGAAGCAUGGUGUGGCUGCAGACGAAAGUCAGGAUCUCCAGCAGCUUUCAGCACGUGUUCAACUUCCAGCUGCGCCCCAAGCACCGUGGUGGGAGCGCAGCGUCCACCGCAUCUCGUGCCUUUGGGGAGUACGGCACGCGCUUGGCGCUGUGCUUUCAGCCGAACCGCCGGCUGCAGGAGAUCGUCGAGCCCUUGGAGACCUGGCGCAGCUUGGGGGAAUGCCUGGCAGUGGAGGUCACGUACUGUGUCCUGCCACACCUGCAACAUCGAGCUUCAGCGGAGAGCACUGCAGAGGUGACCGUCAGCAUCUUUACGGCGUCCGGUGAACAGAAAGCAGCCCAAUUGGCCACGACAACGCUGAGCAUGCCUGACGUGCAGCCAAUGAUUCACAUGGUUCGCGUUUGGUAUGACUCGGAGAAGGGCCAGCUGGAGGUGUUCUUUGGGAGCGAUGCAGUGACGCCUUGCUGCAGCUGCCAGCUGGACUUGAAGCACUUCUCUUUGGAGAUGGGAUGCUCCUAUGUGGGGUUGUGCUGCCUGCCCUUGGAGUUGGCCCACAACGAGCCUUUCGUGCGGAUCAUGACCUGGAGACAUCAGACCAAAGAGAGGUUGGACUUUGAAGAACAGACCGCCAUGGUGACCUUCUCCGAUUUGACCUUGAGCUACCAGGUUCCCUGGCCUUUGCCUUUGAUCAUCACACAGAGCUGCUUGCAGAGGUACAAUCGCUUCUUCCAGCAGCUUCUCACCUACCGCCGCACAGCUCUGGAUUUGCAGCGCUUCCGCCUCGAUGGUACUUCCUCGGUGGAAACUGCACGGGCUCGAUGGGCCUUCAAAGCGCAGCUGCAGUUCUUCUGGUCGCAGGUUCUGCAGUACUUCCUUCAGGACGUGGUUGAAGCUUCGCACCAGAAGUUGAUGGAUGCCGUGGCCGCGUCCCAAACCUUCGACGAGGUGACUCGCGCUCACGAGGAGUUCAUGUCGACGGUCAGCACUCAUCUCUUCUUGAAGGCUCCAGAACUGCACAAGGAGCUGGCAAAUGCCCUGCGCAUUGCCAAUGUCUUCCGGCAAGUUGCAGCUCAGGGUGACAGCGGAGCGCCGCUGAAGCGUAUGCAGGAGGAGUUCGUGGAGUCGGUCAAGGCGGUCAUCUCCAUGAUGCAGAGCAUCCACCGACACGGCCGAGUGAUGCCUUUGCUGGAGCAGCUUUUAGCACGCCUGGAGUACAACGGCUAUUUCGAGACGGAGCAGCUGCAAGAGGACCUGCAGCAGCUGGAAAACCGACUCGAGCUGGGCUUGGUCUAUGACCUUGUAGCCUUCUUGUUUCUCUCCUCGGUGAAGCUUCUGAUCCUCAUGUACUUCCUCUUUGAGCAGGCUUACAUCAUGCGACUAGAUGUGAGAUUCUUGACCAUGGCCGUGGCCGCCGUGGUGGUGGAAAGCGUUUGCGGAAUCAUCAAUGUGCUCCAAACCAUGAAGCUUGCCACGCUGAACGUCACAGAGACGAUCCUCCUUUUGGCUUCCGUGGUCUCGGUGCUCACCGUCGCAUCGUACUUCGUGGUGGAAGAGCUGCUGCCCAGCGAGAUCCGGCCCGAGCUGGGCUACCUCUCGACCCUGACGGAGGUUCCAGAGCCUCGCCAUCAUCGCUGA